CAGUUAUAAUAAUUACUAUAUUGAAAAUUUCGAAAAUAUUAUAUGUAAUUACUUUAUCUAUAUCCUGAAGAGAAAGUACCCGAAUGUAAGGAUUGGUUGCCUUAAAAACUUGGUGUAUAACCAUGUAUAUGAUGAAGUACUCGUACGUUGUGAACCAUCUUCUAUACCUGAUGAAAUACUUGGCCUUUUUGAUUCGGAUGUGGCUUCUAGUCUUUCCAGUUUUUUGAAUCCCUUAACUUUAGAAAUGAAGAACCGUAUGCCCACGCUUCCAGUGUCAAAAGUCAGCUUGAAUAAUGGACCUUUCAAAAUUCUACCUGUCUUAAGGCAUAUUCUAGAACAGUAUGAAAAUUUGCAUAUGGCACAACCUUCUCCAAUUGACAAAGACAAUGCCAGCAAGUUCGUACCUCCCAGACUUUUUAGUUUGUUUCCGAAUCCCGGGUUGGGCUGGCGAUUUAUAAAGGUCGACGCUCAGAACCUCACAGGCAUUCUCCCCGAGGCAAAACAAGAAAAGCAAAUCAACGAGUCUCCAUUUGAUCAUAACCAAAGACAGUUCUUCCAAAUGUUUGAUUUUAAAAAGCUAGGAUUUCGAAGUUGGGAAGAGCUCAAAAAUAUGCCCGAGCAAAGAGGAAGGAUGUUUCUUAAUGGAAUGUACACCGAUGAUUAUACAUGUAGUGUCUUGUUCUGUAGAAAGGUGCUUCUGUCGUCAGUAGCAUAUGGUGUUUCUCUAGAACUGAGUGAUUUUACGACCGACGAAGUAGAUAAAUAUUUUCGUCCAUGUACUGUGGACCCAGGAAGAAAGGAUGCCUUUGUCUCUUAUCACGGUGGCACCGACAUACGCCGUCUGUCCUCUGCUGAGUACUACAGUAUGAGUGGAACUGUAAACCGCCAGAAAGCACAACAAGGUCGUAAACAAAGCUUAGGUAUCGAAAGCAUUGAAACAAAUAUACCUUCGCCAAAAACUGCAUCCACUCAACGAUACAUGCUAUAUAUAACUUAUAUAUUGCAACACAUGGACUCCCUAUUUAACUUUUACAAUUUUGAGACUACAAAGCUAAAAUGGCUAAACUAUAUUGGGUCACAAGAGGUCAUUCAAGAAAGCGUAAAUAUACUGUUGAAUGGUGGCAAGAAAUACAACAAAUCACGAAGAAAAAAUACAAAGAAGAACAGAAAAAAAAAGGAGAAAAGCUCGAAGACCUGCGGAACACACGCCUCAUAUCACACUAUCAGAAAGGUAUAUACUCUUUUUCUAUUUCUUUUUAGUACAAAUUAAGCAUUAUUCGUAUCUUACAGACGGAAGAACAAAACCCGUUUUGAAGAAGGUGACCGCAAAAAAAAGCCUCUUGUUAUCUUUGAUGAUGGUCUAAAAAAUAAAGGCCAUAUCAAGUUUAAAGGACUUCGACGUGGCGUCUCCAACAAGAUUUACAGACAGCUAAAGCGCAGAGAGGGACUUGGAGAGUUGUUACUUCUCGAUAUCAACGAAUUCAAGACUUCCAAGGCUAGUAUAACAGUGAUCAUAAAUUAUACGUUCUAAACAAUAUCUUUAUAGACCUGCAACUCUUGCUUAAGCCAAGACCUUCAGAAUCUAAAAUGU